AUGACAGCCAUCAAGGCAAUUACCGCUCCUCCAUCGGACGUUGAUCUGGAGAAAGCGGUGCAGGUGGAAGAGAAGCUAUCUAGGGCACUUGCUGCUUGCGAAAAUCUCACGCAGCGCUUGAAACAGAAAAAGGAAGCAGGGGAAGAGCUGACAGACGAGGACAGAUAUGAGAUGCAAAGCUUGCUUGACAGACUGAAAUAUGUGGAGAAACGACAAAACACAUUGAAAGGAGCAGUCGACGCUGACCUGAAGAGGAAACGUGAAUUGAAGCAGAAGCUUGAGGCGGAAGCAGAGGCGCGUCGCUUAGAGGCCAUGAAGAUUACAAAGGAGAAGCCGGCCGCAAAGCUGCGCAUGCAAGAGCUGAGGGACAUGAACCAGAUAGAACUCACCCAGGACGACAGAGACAAACGCUUGAAAGAUGCCAAUGCUGUUACCAAGAUUGUACCAUCUGGAGGCCUCGUUGGUUUCCAGGUGGCUGAAGAUCUGCUCGUCAAGGACUAUGACUAUCAGAAUGAUGAUACCAAAAACCCAUGGGACGGAACGAACAGAGACGACUGA